GUCAGAGGCAAGUUGGCGUCACGGGAAACAUCUGGAGGUAACGGUACGAGGCCUGCCAGAAGAAGCGACUCAGUGGCCGCGUGACGUCACAGCUCUUGGCCAGUGGCGGGGCAGAGCUGAGCGGAUGACCAGCGCGUCCUGCCGGCGACCUUGCUCGCGCAGUGGCCGACGCGCGGCUGCAGGCUUUUCCCGGUUCACGGUCGGCGUUGAGAGCUGCGCGCGCAGCCGCCGUGCAGCGCCGCGGGCGAACCCAGCUUCGCUCGCAAACAUCCGCGCCAGUGUUGUGUGGCGAGCGGCCGUGUUUGUUUGAUCCUGCCCCCCUGCGUACACGAUGUUCUUCUGACGCGUGGCCAAAGCCGCCCGGUGUGACCUCCCAACGCCCUGGGAACUGACUCUGCACAGAACACAUGGAAAGUAAUGGAUCAUCAAAUUCCCCAACAAAGUGAAGUGGAUGCACAGAAAGCAUUGUUAGAUGCACUACUGGCAAAUGAUUUCCAGACAUUCUGUAACUUGCUUGAAAGAGGUCAGGUUAAUCCUCUGUAUCGCUAUGGCUUCCCUCACUUCUCUACCUGUCUAGAAAUAGCAUCUCGCCAUCCUGAAAUUCCAGCAACAUUUACAAGUAAACUACUGGAAUGUGGUGUGAAGCCAAAUGUCAAUGUAGUUGUACCUGAACCAAUACACUACGCUGCCAGGUGUGGUAAUGGAGCAGUCCUCGGAGUUUUACUUUCACAUGCAGCAACACGGGUGAAUGCGGUGGACAGUUCGGGUCAGAGUGCCCUUCAUUACAUUGUGCUGGCCUUCAGAGAUGACUGCCUUCCAGAAGCAGCUUCAGAGUUUGAGUCUUGCAUUGAAAAGCUCAUAGAAUGCCAGAGAUUUGAUAUAAAUAUUCUUGAUAAUACAGGGCUUUCAGCAAUUCAUCUGGCUGCCAAUAAAAAAAGAUAUAGAGCUGCUACUGCUAUUAUUGAGAAAUCAAGGGCUGCACACCGUGAUCUAGAUGUGGACAGACAUUUAACACGUGGGCGAACAGCGCGUGAGGCGCUGGAAGCGGAGCUGCCAGAUGUGUGUCUGAGACUGAUCGCUCAUGGUAAAAACUUUCCUGCCAGCAAGAAACGUCUACUUGAGGCAGUGGAUCUGGGCGACUUUUCCCUUUAUCAGCGACUGCUAAGGCGAGAAGCUGCGAAAGAUGGGUUUGAUGCUGAUUUCUGGUUCGAGAAGCCAUAUAAUACUAGACUUCUUGAACGAGCCUGUGGCCUCAGAGAAUCAAAACUUGCUGCAGAAUUUGUCAGAGUCACUCUUGAUGCUGGUGCACAUCCAUCUUCUGUUAAUCUCUGUAGCAGAAGGACUCCAAUGCACGUAGCAGCUGCAGCAGGCAACUGGGCAGCACUUAAGCUACUUGUUGAACAUCCACUUGCUGAGAUUAAUGUGAGGGACAGUAACGGACAGACACCUCUCCACAUCGCCGCAUCUUGUUCGACUUCUGAACAUACGCAUGAUUGUUUAGAAUUACUGUUGAAUGUGGGUCAUAUUGAUGUGAAUGCAAAGGAUGACUUUGGGAGGACACCUGCUGAUGUCGCACGAUGUGAUGCUGCUGUAGUAAUGAUAGAAGAAAAAGGUGGGAUCAAAAGUGGAAUGUCUCCACCUGUUCGGCUUUCCAGUCAAAGGGGUCCCACUCACUUGAUAAAACCUGCAAUUCAGUUCCUGCGUAAUGCAGGUGAUGGUGUUGCUCCACUUGAUAGUACUAUUUUGUUUGAUGGUGAAGGUGAAGACAUUUGGCCCAAGCACGUACCUGAGAAGAAGAUACUUUUUGACUUUAUGAUCCAAAGGAGGUAUGCAGAAUUUGAAGAGUUGUUUGAAAAAAUGUCUCUUGAAGAAAACUUUCUGAAAUGUGAUGAAUGUGGUUACACAUUCCUGCAGUAUGCUUGUGAAAGAGGUCUUCAUGAUUUUGCAAAGAAACUUCUCGAAAAGGUAGAUCCAAAUGAAACCCACGAAAAAAAUACGAGAACACCUCUUAUGUUAGCCUGUCUCCAGAAUGACUCUCACAUGGUUCAUAUACUGUUAAAUACUAAAGUUAUCAAAGGAGUAGAUACAAAUAUUUCUGAUCAUAAACAAAAUACUGCCCUACACUAUGCUGCUAAAAAUGAAAAUAUGGACAUCAUAUUUGAAUUAUUAGGUCAUGGUGCUGACAUACUCGCAAAAAAUAUGUUUGGGAAGUAUCCCCUAUCUGUUGAAGAAAUGGAGAGGUUGCUAGAUAAGAGCAUAGAAGUUAGAGAUAAUAUGUUGCCAAGCAAUGAUGAUUUUGUUCUAAUCUUCAAUUAUAAAAUGUUGAUAUCUCAACAAAACCAAAAAAAUUGUUUGAAAAGCUGUAACAGCAGUCUAAUCCAAAGCAGCCCAUCAAAAACAGAAAGUAAAAAUGGAAAAUCAGUUUUACUUGGACCCAGGUCUCAAGUAAAAUAUUCUGAAAUGAACUUCUUACACUCACUUAGCAGCUCCUGUGAAUAUGCACCACUCUUAAAGCAUCCACUUAUCACUAGUUUUUUGAGAAUUAAAGAUGACUGUAUGAGACCAUUCCUGUCCUUGAACCUCAUACUCUGUGUUGUUUUUGUUAUUACAUUAAAUGUAUAUAUCAUAAUUGAAGUUAGUAAACUGAAUGAAAAUUCCACACUGGUGCAUUCUAUUCAAAUGUGCUUUUGUGCAGCUGCUUUUAUAUGUACCAUGCUCAUGUUACUCAGAGAAACUGCACAGCUUGUUUUAAAAACAAAUUUGUAUAUUAAAAAUUGUGAAAAUCUGUUUGAUCUGUGUCUGAUACUCACAGCAGCACUUAUUCUUCUUCAUUGUCCUCUUGGUGCAUUUACUCAGUGGGCCUUUACUAUCGCUAUUCUGCUGUCGUGGCGAGAUCUUUUUAUUGUGACUGGCAGACACUACAAAUUUUCAACUAAUGUACAAAUGUUAAAGGCUGUAUCAUUAAACUACCUACAGUUUUUAAAGUCUUACAUAUUCAUAAUUUUUGCUUUCUGUCUCAGCUUCUAUGUAAUAUUCUCACAAUCUACCAAUCAGCCUACGACAAAUUCUCAAGGUAAUAAUACUGCAGAUAUUUUUAAUCAAACCCAAACUGGUGGUGGAGGAACUGAAGCCAUCAAUUUCUUUGAAAAUCCAUUAAAAACACUGUUAAAAACUGUCAUUAUGAUGACAGGAGAAUUUGAAGCUAGCAAUCUUCCUUUCCUGACAGACAUUUGGCUGACUUCAGUUGUAUUUUUGCUAUUCUUAUUUUUUCUACAUGUUGUAUUACUAAAUCUUUUGACAGCUCUUGCUGUCUCUGAUGAACAGCAUAUAAGGGGAAAUGCAGAGAUUUUGAGUUUAAUAUCUCAAAUACAACUCUUGUAUGAAAUUGAAAACAUUGCACUUAGUUUAUAUACAUUAUUUAAAAACUGUAAAUGUAUUUCAAAACAUUUUCAGAAUUUGUUGUUGUUUUCAGAAAAAUCAUUAGAGGAAGCUUGCUUGUUUACUUGGCCCAAUAAAGGGACACAAGCAAGGAUAUCAGGAGAACACGGGGAUAUUGUAAAAAGAUUUAAUUCAAAAAUAGUAAAUGAAGCUAAAAGCAUUGUGACAAACCACAGAUUAUUUUCCCUAGAGAAUGGAGGUGACACAGAUGGCUUGUCAGCAUUGAUACAGCACAUAGAACAAAUACAAACUAAUGUAAAGCUGCUUUUAGAGGAACAACAUGUAAAAAGUGGUAAAAAUAUGGACCAGAGACCAAACACAUAAAAAUGAGUAACACUUCAAGUAUUCAUAAUUGAAAAUUACUUAAGUUAGAUUCAUAGACACUCUAACUAUUAAGUUUAUUAUUGUAUCAUUAUCGAGGUACGCUUGUUAUGAGAAACUUCUCCUUAAGCAGUUUUAAAUAUUUUCACAAAAGAAAACACUAAAGUUUUUGUAGCAAAAAAAAGGGUUUCUUCUAUAAAUUCACAAAGUUAGUGUUUUUUGUGUACCUAGAAAGUUACUCCAUACAAAUGUUGAAUCUUGUUGUUUUAUGCAAAAAAAUGGUAAUUUUAUAAAAGAAAUGGAUAUUGUUUGAAUCUCAGAUACCUAAAGUUAUUGGCAGCUUGUAAUUUGUAUUUAGAGAUUGUGUACUAAUCUGACUUUUGAUAAAAUUCUAUUUUUAUAAAAAUAGUAUAAAUUAAAUAGUUAUUAUGUGAAAUAAA